GUUUUUAAUGAUGUUUAGCUAAGCAAAACGGCGGCGCCCUUCUUUAUCCGCAAUUCCGCAUCGUGUCUUCAACUCUUCCACCUUCAUCGCACAGUAAAAAACCUCAAAAACUAUAACAAUGGCGGUUACUUCAUCAUCUUCCUCACUCUCUCUCUUCUCAAAUCCUCAAUCCAAACUCAGCAACCCUCAAUUCCUUAAUCUUCCUUCAACAAUUCGACCGACUACAAGUCGGUUUAAAUGCAGUGCCACUGGACAAACCGGUUUCUUUACCAAACUGGGACGAUUAAUUAAGGAGAAAGCGAAAAGUGAUGUCGAGAAGAUUUUCUCAGGGUUUUCGAAAACUCGCGAUAAUCUAGCUGUCAUCGAUGAACUUCUCUUGUACUGGAAUCUCGCUGAUACUGACCGCGUUCUCGAUGAACUCGAAGAGGCCUUGCUUGUGUCAGAUUUUGGACCGAAAAUUACUAUUAAGAUUGUGGAAUCUUUGCGCGAAGAUAUUUUGGCUGGUAAGCUUAAAUCUGGACCUGAAAUCAAGGAUGCCUUGAAGAAGAGUGUUCUUGAGUUGCUAACUAAUAAAGGAAGCAAGACAGAACUUCAGCUGGGAUUCAGGAAACCUGCUGUAGUCAUGAUUGUUGGUGUCAAUGGAGGUGGAAAAACUACUUCCCUUGGCAAGUUGGCCCAUAGAUUGAAGAAUGAAGGAGCUAAGAUACUGCUGGCAGCAGGUGACACAUUUCGUGCUGCUGCCAGUGAUCAGCUUGAGAUCUGGGCUGAACGGACAGGUUGCGAGAUUGUUGUAGCAGAAAAAGAGAAAGCAAAAGCAGCAUCAGUUCUUUCACAGGCCGUAAAGAAGGGGAAGGAAGAAGGAUAUGACAUUGUCCUGUGUGACACAUCUGGACGUCUUCAUACUAAUUACAGCCUCAUGGAGGAGUUGAUUGCUUGUAAAAAAGCUGUGAGCAAAGUUGUUUCUGGUGCUCCUAACGAAAUUCUGCAAGUUUUGGAUGGAACAACGGGUUUAAAUAUGCUUCCUCAGGCAAGGGAAUUCAACGAUGUUGUUGGAGUUACUGGAUUAAUCUUGACAAAACUUGAUGGUUCUGCACGAGGUGGCUGUGUGGUUAGUGUGGUUGAUGAGCUUGGCAUUCCAGUGAAAUUUGUCGGUGUUGGUGAAAGCCUGGAAGACCUUCAACCUUUUGAUGCUGAAGCCUUUGUUGAUGCCAUUUUCUCAUGAUGUAUAUUUGGUAAAAAACUGAGAGCUGAACCCAAUGGCCCUAUUAUUUUCAGCACAUAUCUGAAACAGCCUCUCCUUCGCAAGAGUAAGGCUGUGCACAUUCAGGUAUCGAGCCCCUUAACCCUGUAUAGGCAGAAGCCGCAUAGUGAUAUUGGGGCAAUGUAUGUUGUUCAUCACGUUACUUGAGCGAUUAAAAUUAGUCAUCAAAGUAAUUUUAUUUUAAAUCCACUGAAAAGAAAGCAUUCUUUGAGUUUAUUACAAAACGAUCUCUUGAAUAGCUAAGAUUUAAGGGUGGAUCCUUUGCACAAUUGGAUGAUGGUGAUUUCUAUUGAUGACCCAGUGUAUAGAUCGUAAAUUCGUAAUUUUGUUUCUUGCUAAAAGUGGAAAUUAUUUGUUGAAGAAUUUUCAAUGAAUGAUCUCUAUUAUAGACUUCAUGAAUCUUGGUUCA